AUGAGACAUGCCGGCCGUCAGUCUAUGUUUCCCUCCGCUCUCCAGAAGGCCUUGGUAUCCAUCUCUAGGCCGCCCAAAGAAAACACUGGUAGGGCCGCAAGCCUCCCCACCACCACAGACAAAAAGCUGUCAAUAUUUAACAGCCUGAGCCCGUCACUUUACUACUUUGUCCUCCCCAUAAUACUCAUAAUAAUACAUCUUCUCCUUACGUCUACCGUCCCUGCUCUUCCCGCAGACGGCCCGAGCAUCCCCCGCGUGUCGUUCCUGAAGUCCUCGCCAUUGCUUUUCUUUCUCGCCUCUCGCCACAACACCGAACAGACACCCCCCGAAUAUCUGCGCCAGUGGUGCGAAAGCCCGUAUCUCCAAGGCCUGCUCGAUCCGGAACAGAUCUUUUCUAUUUGCCCCUCGAAGAUGGCUUCUGCGGUUCUGGAGGAAGCGAAGCGGAUUUCCGCGGGGUUUGAGUACUCUACGGAGGAGCUCAAUAAAGGGGUGGAGGAGUUUCUACGCGAGAUGGAGGUUGGACUGUCUCGGGAAGAUUCUGGGUUGAGCCAGAUCCCGUCGUAUAUUACUUCUGUGCCCGAUGGGACGGAGAAGGGCGUGUAUCUGGCAGUCGACCUUGGUGGUACCAACCUGAGAGUCUGUUCUGUCCACCUGCAUGGCAACUCCACCCAUGAGAUGAUACAAUCGAAAUCUGCCAUCCCAAGAGAGCUGAUGGUUGCCGAGCAUGGAGUGGAAUUGUUUAAUUUCCUAGCAAAGCAAAUUGAGGCAUUCCUGCGAGAGCACCAUGCCGAGCAGUUCAGUUCCCACGUCGAGAAAAGGCAGACUGGAGAGGUAAAGGAGCCCUAUGCCGAAGAGCAAGUGUUUGACCUUGGGUUUACUUUCAGUUUCCCCGUCAUCCAGCAUGGAAUCAACAAGGGUGAACUAUAUCGAUGGACGAAGGGUUUUGACAUUCCUGAGGUAGUCGGUAAGGAUAUCUGCCAGCUGUUACAGGCAGCGAUUGAUGAGCUCAAACUGCCCGUUCGAGUUUCGGCCCUCAUCAAUGAUACCGUGGGAACGCUGAUGGCCCGGUCAUAUUGCUCUCCUGGAAACUCCAGGACACUAAUAGGUGCCAUCUUUGGCACGGGAACCAACGGAGCGUAUGUCGAGAAGAUGCCCCGCGUGACGAAAAUGGAACGGUGCAGCAGCAGCGCAUAUAAUAAGUCAGCUUCUGAGAUGGUGAUAAACGCUGAGUGGGGUAGCUUCGACAAUUCCCUCAAGGUGCUCCCAAACACUGAGUUUGAUAUCCAACUGGACAAUGCGACCUUCAAUCCUGGGAUCCAGAUGUUUGAAAAGCGGAUCUCGGGCAUGUUCCUCGGUGAAAUUCUUCGUCUUGCUAUUUUGUCGAUGGUGGAGAACCCUUCUGUCAGUCUGUUUGGUAGUCCGGCCACGAUUGACUCUAACUCGGUCCUGUAUAAGGCCUGGGCAAUCGAUGCUAGUAUUCUGAGCAUUAUUGAGGGCGAUGACUCGGAGGGCCUACAGGCCACAAAGGAGCAAUUGCGCAAGGACCUUGAUAUCAUGGAUGUGAGCACCAGUGACUGCCAGGCCGUCAAGCUCCUGGCACACUCUAUCGGCAAGCGUGCAGCACGACUGGGGGCUAUCGCCCUGGGCGCCAUCGUCAUCUCCAGCGGCCGGCUGGCAACAGAUGAGGUGGUUGAUAUCGGCGUUGACGGCAGCCUGAUCGAGCACUACCCCGGCUUCGAGGGCUAUAUUCGGGAAGCCUUUCGCGAGAUACCAGCCAUCGGACCGGCUGGAGAGAAGAAGAUUCGGAUCGGGAUUGCGAAGGAUGGUAGCGGUGUAGGAGCAGCGCUAGGAGCCCUGGUGGCCAAGAGGACGUCUCAAACGCUGCAAGUCAUGCCGCCUAUCCGAGCAUGUCCACUCUCAAUGACGUAUAUAAUGCAAAAUAUCACCAUCAAGCUCACCAUCAAGCUCACUAUCAAGCUCACUAUCAAGCUCACUAUCACCAUCUGUAGUUAG